GCGAGGGCUCGGCUCGGAGCAGCAGAGAGGCCAGAGCAGAAAAUGGUCGUUUGGGGCUUGGCGCAAAGGCGAAGCUGCUAGGAAGAGCCGAGCCGGAGCCCCGUGCAAGGGGGGGGGGGAGCUCCCCGCGCCGCGCAGCCUGCUUAGCCUCCCCAGCCUCCCCGUCCAGCCAGCGGGGCUGCAGCACUUCAGCUGCCGGCCGCAGUGACUCGUGCAUGACCCACAGCAGUAGGACUGAGCGGAGCGCCCGCCCCGGCAGUAUGCAGCAGGACUGAGGAGGCGCAGCCAGGCAGCCGCUACUGUUCUGUGUCUCUUCGCUUCCUCCGUGCCUGGGCUCUGCCGGCUGAGGGAUCCCGCAGGAAAAUGGAGCCGUUCCCCCACGAUCGAAUUCAGUUGCCCAGGAAUAUGAUUGAAAACAGCAUGUUUGAGGAAGAACCUGAUGUGGUUGACUUGGCAAAGGAGCCUUGCUUGCAUCCAUUGGAGCCUGAUGAAGUGGAAUAUGAGCCAAGAAGUUCCCGACUACUGGUGCGUGGCCUUGGAGAGAAUGAAAUGGAUGAGGAUGAAGAGGAUUAUGAAUCAUCAGCGAAAUUGCUGGGCAUGUCCUUCAUGAACAGAAGCACAGGUCUCCGUAGUAAUGCAUCUGGCUAUAGUCAGAGCUCAGAUGGAUCAUGCUCAGUGCCCUCUUUAAGGACCAUGGUGGUUUGUGCAGUUGUUCUUCUGAUUGCAGUUUCAGUAAUAAUGGUGAUCUACCUUCUUCCCAAAUGUACCUUUACCAAAGAAGGCUGCCAUAAAAAGAACCAUACAAUGGAACUGAUAUAUCCUCUAGCAACUAAUGGAAAGAGAUUUCCAUGGGCAAAAAACAGGCUUCCCAGUAAUGUUGUACCACUACACUAUGAUCUCAUCUUGCAGCCAAACCUAACAACUACAAAGUUUGCAGGUUCUGUACAGAUAACUGUUAAUGUCAUCCAGGUGACUUGGAAUAUCAUACUUCAUAGCUCAGGACUUAAUAUCACCAAGGCAACUCUGACUUCAGCAGGUUGGAAUCAGGCAAAACCAGUUGAAGUCCUGGAAUAUCCAGUGCGUGAUCAGAUUGCAGUUGUGGCCCCUGAUGCUCUACUUGUUGGGCAGAACUACACCCUCAGCAUAGACUAUUCAUCUAAUUUAUCAGAUACCUAUUAUGGGUUUUACAAAGUCUCCUACAAGGAUGAACAUGCUAAGAAAAGAUGGCUUGCAGCAACUCAGUUUGAGCCUCUGGCUGCAAGGUCUGCCUUUCCCUGCUUUGAUGAACCAGCAUUUAAAGCCACUUUUCUAAUUAAGAUCAAGAGAGAUGAACAGCACUCCACUCUGUCAAAUAUGCCAAAGAAUGUAACCAUCCCUGUGGCAGCUGGAAUAGUUCAAGAUGAGUUCUCUGUGAGUUUGAAGAUGAGUACUUACCUGGUAGCGUUCAUUGUUGCAAAUCUGAAGAAUAUCAGUAAGGAGACUAAUAGGACUCUGGUAUCUAUAUAUGCCCUGCCACAGAAGCUAGGCCAAGUUGAGCAUGCCCUAGACACAGCAGUGAAGCUCCUGGAGUUUUAUCAGAAGUAUUUUCAUAUAGAGUAUCCUCUUCAAAAAUUAGAUUUGGUAGCUAUUCCUGAUUUCCAGGCAGGCGCUAUGGAAAACUGGGGUUUAAUCACCUUUAGAGAGACAACACUCCUUUAUGAUGAUAAAACGUCUUCAGCAAUGGAUAAAAAGCUGGUAACUGCAGUAAUAGCUCAUGAGCUGGCUCAUCAGUGGUUUGGUAAUCUAGUAACUAUGGAAUGGUGGAAUGAUCUUUGGCUGAAUGAAGGAUUUGCCACUUUUAUGGAAUACAUUGCCAUGGAAAGAACUUUCCCAGAGCUGCAGACUGAUGAAGAAUUCCUGAAACUACGAUUCAAGACUAUGAUGAAAGACUCCUUAAAUGCCUCACGUCCAAUCUCCUCUGCUGUCCAGUCUUCAGAGCAGAUUGAAGAAAUGUUUGAUACGCUUUCCUAUAUCAAGGGAGCUUCCCUUUUGUUGAUGCUGAAAAAGUAUAUCAAACAUGAUAGUUUUCAAGCUGGGAUUGAGAAUUACUUGCAUAAUCACAGCUACGGAUCCACCCGGAGCGAUGAUUUAUGGGAUAGCAUGAAUGAGAUCACAAAUGGAACACUAGAUGUAAAAAAACUGAUGAAAACCUGGAUUCUGCAGAAAGGAUUUCCCUUAGUAACUGUUAAAAGAAAAGGAAAGAGUCUCUAUGUCCAGCAGGAGAGAUUCUUGCGCAGUGUGGAAUCAGAAAAUUGGACGUCAGAUGCAAGUUAUCUGUGGCAUAUUCCUCUCUCCUACACUACUAGCAGUUGCAGCUCUUUCUUCUGUCCUUAUGCAUAUUUACUGGACCAGAAGUCAGCUACCAUUGAACUUCAGGAGGAGGUGAAAUGGGUAAAGUUCAAUGUGGACAUGAAUGGCUACUAUAUAGUGCACUAUGCUGAAGAUGACUGGAAUACUCUCAUUAACCUGCUGAGGACAGAUCCCAUUGCUCUGAGUACCAAAGACCGAGCUCACCUGAUCAACAAUAUCUUCAGUCUUGUGGGUAUAGGAAAGGUGUCUCUGUUGAAGGCCUUUCAUCUGCUUGAUUACCUAGAGAAAGAGAACCACACUGCACCAAUCAGUCAAGCUCUGUUCCAACUGAGUCUCAUCUAUGACCUCGUAGAAAAAAGAGGAAUGCAGAAUCUUGCUGCAAGAGUAGUGGACAGAGUUAAAAAGCUACUUGGAAGCAAAAUUGAUCAACAGACUUGGACUGAUAAUGGGACCUUAUCUGAACGAGAGUUCCGGUCUACUGUGCUAGCCUUUGCCUGCUCCCAUCACUUGGGAAACUGUAGCACCACUGCCACCGAGCUGUUUAAGGAAUGGAAGGCUUCCAAUGGCACGAAGAGUCUGCCUACUGAUGUUAUGAAGACUGUAUUCACAGCAGGAGCAAAAACUGAUGAUGGCUGGGAGUUCCUUCUAAGCAUGUACACAUCUUCAGUUUCUGAAGCUGAGAAGCACAAAAUGCUUGAAGCUCUAGCCAGCACAGAUGAUGUUAGAAAACUGAUUUGGUUAAUGCAAACAAGCCUGGAGGGAGACCUCAUCAGGGCACAGGAACUUUCGCAUAUCAUAGCAACUGUCAGCCAAAGUCUGCCUGGGCACUUGUUGGGCUGGGACUUUGUCAAAGAGAACUGGGAAAAGCUUAUACGGAAGUUCCACUUGGGGUCAUUUGCUAUCCAGAAUAUAGUUACUGUGUCAACCUUUCAGUUUUCAACAGAGGCCCAUCUACUUGAGGUUAAAACUUUCUUUGAGUCCAAGUCAGAGAAGAUUUCUCAACUUCGCUGUGUCAAAGAGGCUAUUGAGACAAUUCAGCUGAAUAUUAAGUGGAUGGAGAGGAACUUAGCGGCACUGCAGCAAUGGCUGUAG